AUGGAGAAGCCUGAACUUUCACCAAGCCUGCAGCAUCAGCGUAUCAUCUCCCUACCAAAGUGCUGUACUCCUCUCUUGGUGCCGUCACCGCGGGAGUCUUUGUGCUGCCUUCUGAGCCACCAUGUUGCGCUCUGCUUGGCUGCCUCUGCCUCGCUGUGUCCCCUCGCUCUGCCCUCUUGCUCUGCAAAUCUGCUCAGAAUCAGGUCCGCUCACGGUCACUCUGGGACGCGCAGUGCGGUCCGGCUGUGCGCGCCUGGCCUCUUGCCAGCCCGCCGCAGGCACGCACGGUCCGGAGCCAGACUUUGCGGCGAUCCCCGCCCUGCCGCCUCGUGCCACCGCCUCGUCCCGGCCGCGGGCGGGCUCCGUGCACCUGCGGCUCGCAGCACGGCUGCCGGAGCCGCGGCUCAGCUCGGAUCGGAAGGCCGGCGCGGGGCAGGGUGUCAGCUCCCAGCGGGCCGCUCGCCCUGGAGGGGCGGCUCUCGGGGUCCCGGCGCGGGUCUCGGCCCCUCGACGCGGCGCUCCCUGCUCCUGCCCACCAUUUUCUUACAGACGGGCACCGGCGAGGCGAAGCGGCGGGCGGGCGGCCGCCUUCGUCUCCCUCCCCUUCUCCUCAGAUGCCCUUUGCAGCCGCUGCCGCAGGGUUAUUAUUACAAUCAUGUAGAAAGGACAGAAAGUGAGCAGGGAGCGGGGGCUUUUGUCUAUCCUUGUGCUACCUGAGAGAAACUGCAAUCCUAAGACUUAACAGAAUCUAAAAAUGCACCCAUCUAUAAAGACAAACUUUUUGAAGUUAAGGAGAUUUGCCAUAAAGUGAUGGAUGUACCUUGAAAGUCUCUGCAUGUUGAAUCUCUGAUUUUCUUGCAAUUUUUGAAUAAAAAUCUGAAAUCUC